AGAAAUAAAUCCUGUGGAAUAUCAUGUGCUUACUAGUGCUCUAAAGAAUUUUGCCUGACAACACUUGUAAAGAGCUGUACUGUAGCAGACACUGCCUCCCUGCUUCAGUACACACGCAGCCACCAUGAGACUGGUGCUUCCUAACCCAGGACUGGAUCUCCGGAUCCCUAACUAUGAGGAUCUCAACAGGAUGGACAAGGAGGAGGCCAAUGACAGGCCCAAGUGGGACAACAAAGCCCAGUACAUCCUAACCUGUGUGGGCUUCUGCAUCGGGCUCGGGAAUGUGUGGCGAUUCCCUUAUUUGUGUCAAAGUCAUGGAGGAGGUGCCUUUUUGAUUCCCUACCUGAUCCUGCUGGUGCUGGAGGGAAUGCCUCUGCUGUUACUGGAGUUUGCCAUUGGCCAACGUCUGAGGAAAGGCAGCGUGGGAGUGUGGAGGGCCAUUAGCCCUUAUCUGACUGGUAUUGGUAUAGCCUCCAUGCUGGUGUCCUUUUUGGUCGGACUGUACUACAACACCUUAAUAGCCUGGAUCAUGUGGUAUCUCUUCAAUUCCUUUCAAAGCCCACUGCCCUGGAGCCAGUGUCCUCUUAAUGACAAUGGGACAGAAUUUGUACCAGAGUGCCAACAGAGCUCCACCAUAGAUUAUUACUUUUACCGAGUGACUCUAAAUAGUUCGGCUUCUAUAGCUGACUCUGGAGGAAUCCACUGGCCCAUAGUAGUCUGCCUGUUAGCUGCCUGGACAGUGGUCGCUAUCUGCUGCAUAAGGGGAAUUAGCACUUCAGGAAAGGCAGUGUACGUCACAGCCAUCCUGCCUUACAUAGUGCUGGGUAUCUUCCUGAUCCGAGGACUGACUCUUAAAGGAGCCCUGAGUGGAAUAAAGUUCCUCUUCACACCAGAUGUGGAGGAGUUGAUGAAACCAACAACUUGGCUGGAUGCAGGUGCCCAGGUCUUUUACGCCUUUGGUUUGGCAUGGGGAGGCCUCAUCUCCUUCUCAAGCUACAACCCUGUUCACAACAACUGCAUGCAAGAUUCUGUGAUCCUGUCAGUGGUAACUGGCUUCACCUCAGUCUAUGCUGCCGCAGUCACCUACUCCAUCAUUGGCUUCAGGGCCACUGAGAAAUAUGACAGCUGUAUUAGUGAAAACAUCAUGACGUUACUAAAUGCAUUUGGUCUUCCUGAAGACAACAUCACUACAAGCAACUACGAGUCAGCGCUCAAUCAUCUCAACAGCUCCUAUCCUGACAUUGUUCUUGGACUGGACAUCAAAACCUGUGACAUGCACAAACUUCUCAGCGAGGGAGUGGAAGGAUCAGGUUUGGCCUUUAUUGUGUUUACAGAAGCCAUCACCAAGAUGCCUGGUUCCCCAAUUUGGUCUGUCCUGUUUUUCCUCAUGCUUUUCUGCCUGGGGCUCUCAACUCUGUUUGGUAACAUUGAAGGGGUAGUGGUCCCCUUGAAAGACCUGAAUGUAUUCCCCAAAAACUGGCCCCACGAAGCACUAACUGGAACAACAUGUGUUGUCUCCUUCAUCAUCUGCCUCCUGUUUGCGCAGCAAUCAGGGCUGUAUUGGGUAACUCUCUUUGACAGCUUUGCUGGGUCUGUUCCCCUUCUGACCAUUGGAUUGUUUGAGAUGAUAGCUGUCGUUUACAUCUACGGCAUAGACAGGUUCAAUGAGGACUUGGAGUUCAUGGUCGGACGUAAGCCCUCCAUCUUCUGGCAGAUUUCAUGGAGGCUCAUCAGUCCCCUAAUUGUCCUGGUUAUUUUAGUUUUCUACCUGGUGACCCAGGCCCAAGAAAAGCUUACUUAUUUGGUCUGGGACCCCAACUCUGUGGAGUUUCCAUCUCUGGCAUCAGUACCGUACCCCUCAUGGAUCAGUGCAGUCAUAUUUCUUUUGGCAGGAGUCCCCAGUCUGGCAGUGCCUGUCUACGCAUUAUGUAGACUGAUCUUUAGCUGCUGCAGAAAAAAAAUUGUUUCCAGACAAAAAAUGAAUUUUUGAAUGAACAAAUUUUCUACUAUACUUCAGAAUACAACAAAGAGAUUAGAUUAUUUAAUAUGUCUCGUUAAAAUCAAUUUAACAUUAUUUGAAUUCCAAUGUUUUGUCAAUUUAGGUCCAUGCAUGGGAUUGUAAAGCAUAAUGCUGUUGUUUUAUUGACUUGGUAGAGUAUCAUAUUCCUGCUCAUAUUCUGUGCAGUUUUAUGGCUGCUGUAUAGUAUACUUGUUCACUGCACAGGUUUAUCUGCUAAUAUGGUUUCUUGUUUAUAGAGGGGUGUAUUAUUUUGUAAAUUUAUUGUUUUGCUGUUGAAAUAAUUUUUGUGUCAGUGUUAUAUAAUUAACCUCUGGAACUGGAGAAAAUUUUUAAUGAAAAAUGUGGGAAAUAUCCUCUAGUUUUAGAAAUGACUGCCCAUCAAAAGAUAAACAAUAAAGCAAAUAAAAAGGUGUUUGUUUUUUUUUAAUGAAAAUUGGCAGAAUUUGAGCAUUUUUUGGAUCUUAAGAUGAGGAUGUUUCAAAGAUCUGUUUGAGCGGUUUGACAUCACUUUGGUGUGUGUGGGACCUAACCAUACAGUAUGAAUGUUAAAACAUGCAGGAGAGAAAGAGCAGCUAACUGGCCAGGAGAGGGAGACAUCACAUUGACAGAACACAGGGUGGUGGGACAGAACAGAAACAAAGCACAACAAAGGACACUCUGCAUAUGAUGGAACAGAGAAGAAAGAAGAAAUGUGAAAUGCCCUCCAACUGUGCUAUUAUUAACAGACAGCUAUCACAAUUACUAUCAAUAAAUCCCUUAUUCAAGCACUCA